UCAGAUAAAUUAGUGAACCUCCUUUGAACACAUCAUCUUUGGUCCUUGGAGAGAGUCACAGAGCUUCAUUAUGGUGGCUUGUGAAAGACCACUUCUUGGCCUGGCUUUGGCCUGCAUUGGCUUACUGGGGAGCAUCAUUAGCUGUGCUCUCCCCACAUGGAGAAUCAUGAGAGCCUUCAAAGAUUACGAAAUGCUCUUAUCCAUUGUGGAGGGUUUAUGGAAGAGAUGUGCGAUCUCACCAACAGGUGAAAUGCAGUGCAUGGGGUACGAGUAUAUACCGUUACCUGAAGACAUGAAGGCUGCCAGAGCACUUAUCAUCAUUGCCAUUAUCAUUGAGGUCCUUGGGAUCCUGCUUGGUGUGGCUGGGAGAAAUUUUAUGAACUUUGUGCCAGACGAAAGGCAAAGGAGGAAAAUGGCUCUGACUUCUGGAAUUGCCUUCCUCAUUGCAGGCUUCUUUGUUCUCAUACCAGUCAGCUGGACAACCAACACCAUCAAUGAUCAUUUUCAUCCUACCCAGUCUCCUUAUGGUCCUGAUCAUGGGGUACUUAAAAAGAUGGAGUUGGGAGCCGCGCUCUACAUUGGCUGGUUCACCACCGUCCUUCUGUUCCUGGGAGGAGGCCUCGUCUGCAGCUCCUUUUUCCGCAGAAAUGGAACUGAGUAAAACAUCAACUCUGUGUAA